AUACCGAUAUGGUCAUAAUUUAUCUCUCGGCUGGGAUUACAUCAAAAGAUUCCUCAGAAGAUGAUAAAAAAGCCACUCUCCGUGUCAUCAAUGAAGAAAAUAGUUUCCUGAAUAACUCAGUCAUGAUUCUUACUUACGCGCUUAUGAAUGAGGGAGUGACAGGUUUGAAGGAACUGGCCUUUCUGCGUGACCUGGCAGAGCAGAACUCGGUGAAGUACGGCGUGCCGGACCGAACAGCCCUCCCCGUGAUCAAGGGAAGCAUGAUGGUUCUAAACCAGUUGAGUAACCUGGAAACGACAGUUGGCCGGUUCUAUACCAACCUCCCCAACCGCAUGAUCGAUGAGGCCGUCUUCAGUCUGCCUUUCUCAGAUGAAAUGGGAGAUGGCCUCAUAAUGACUGUAAGUAAACCGUGUUACUUUGGAAACCUGCUGCUAGGAAUUGUUGGAGUAGAUGUUAAUCUCGCGUACAUCUUGGAAGAUGUCACCUAUUACCAAGACUCCUUGGGUUCCUACACUUUCCUCAUUGAUAAUAAAGGAUACACUCUUAUGCACCCAUCCCUUACCAGGCCCUACCUGCUGUCUGAACCGCCGCUCCACACGGAUAUUAUCCACUACGAGAACAUUCCUAAAUUUGAGCUGGUGUGCCAGAACAUCCUUAGCAUUCCCCUGGGCAGCCAGAUCAUUACAGUUCCGGUGAACUCCUCACUGUCUUGGCAUGUGAACAAACUGAGAGAAAUUGGAAAAGAAGCCUACAACGUCAGCUAUGCCUGGAAAAUGGUCCAGGACACAUCCUUUAUUCUGUGUGUUGUGGUAAUACAGCCAGAAAUACCUGUUAAACAGCUGAAGAAUCUCAACACCGUCCCCAGCAGCAAGCUCCUGUAUCACCGACUGGAUCUGCUGGGCCAGCCGAACGCCUGCCUGCACUUCAAGCAGCUGGCUACUUUAGAAAGUCCUACGGUGAUGCUCUCUGCGGGCAGCUUCUCCUCUCCGUACGAACAUCUCAGCCAGCCCGAGACGAAGCGGAUGGUGGAGCAUUACACAGCGUACCUCAGCGACAACACGCGCCUGAUUGCCAACCCUGGCCUGAAGUUCUCUGUCAGAAAUGAAGUAAUGGCUACCAGUCACGUCACAGAUGAAUGGAUGACACAGAUGGAAAUGAGUAGCCUGAACAGUUACAUUGUGCGCCGUUACAUAGCAACCCCCAAUGGGGUGCUCCGAAUUUACCCCGGUUCCCUCAUGGACAAAGCAUUUGAUCCCACCAGGAGACAAUGGUACUUGCAUGCAGUGGCUAAUCCAGGACUAAUCACCUUUACUGGUCCCUACUUAGAUGUGGGAGGAGCAGGCUACGUCGUUACGAUCAGUCACACAGUCCAUUCUUCCAGCACACAGAUGUCUUCAGGACAUUCGGUGGCAGUGAUGGGCAUUGACUUCACCCUCCGAUAUUUCUACAAAGUUCUCAUGGACCUGCUGCCAGUUUGUAACCAGGAUGGAGGAAACAAAAUAAGGUGCUUUAUCAUGGAGGACAGAGGGUACCUUGUGGCACACCCAACCCUCAUCGAUCCCAAAGGACACGCACCGGUGGAGCAGCAGCACAUUACACACAAGGAGCCUCUGGUAGCAAAUGACAUUCUGAACCACCCAAACUUCGUCAAGAAAAACCUCUGCAACAGCUUCAGUGACAGAACAGUGCAGCGGUUUUAUAAAUUUAAUACCAGCUUAGUGGGUGAUCUGACAAACCUUGUGCACGGCAGUCACUGUUCCAAGUACAGGCUGACAAGAAUCCCGGGCACCAACACCUUUGUGGGAAUCGUCAACGAGACCUGUGAUUCACUUGCUUUCUGUGCCUGCAGUAUGGUAGACAGGCUCUGCCUCAACUGCCACAGAAUGGAACAGAAUGAGUGUGAGUGCCCUUGCGAGUGCCCGCUGGAGGUAAAUGAAUGUACUGGCAACCUCACCAACGCCGAAAGCAGGAAUCCCAGUUGUGAAGUUCAUCAGGAGCCGAUGACUUUCACCGCCAUCGAUCCGAGCCUCCAGGACGCUCUCCCGCAGUGCAUUAACACUCAGUGCAACCAGAGAACAGAGAGCGGGGAUUGCUUUGGUGUGUUGGACUGCGAGUGGUGUAUGGUAGACAGUGAUGGGAAGACCCAUCUGGAUAAGUCCUAUUGUGCCCCUCAGAAGGAAUGCUUCGGCGGCAUCGUGGGAGCCAAGAGCCCGUACGUGGAUGACUUGGGAGCAAUAGGAGAUGAGGUGAUCACUCUGAACAUGAUCAAAAGUGCACCGGUGGGCCCUGUGGCUGGAGGCAUCAUGGGCUGCAUUAUGGUGCUUGUCCUAGCGGUAUACGCGUAUCGUCACCAGAUACAUCGGAGGAGUCACCAGCACAUGUCACCUUUGGCUGCCCAGGAAAUGUCAGUGCGUAUGUCGAACCUGGAAAAUGAUAGGGACGAGAGAGAUGAUGACAGCCAUGAAGACAGAGGAAUCAUUAGUAACACUCGAUUUAUAGCAGCGGUGAUAGAGCGGCACGCCCACAGCCCCGAACGCAGACGCCGCUACUGGGGGCGAUCGGGAACGGAGAGCGACCAUGGCUACAGCACGAUGAGUCCUCAGGAAGACAGUGAAAACCCUCCAUGCAACAACGACCCAUUGUCGGCUGGUGUUGAUGUUGGAAACCACGACGAAGACUUAGACCUGGACACGCCACCUCAAACAGCCGCCCUGUUGAGUCACAAGUUUCACCACUACCGGUUGCACCACCCAACUCUUCACCACAGCCACCAUUUACAGGCUGCAGUCACGGUACACACUGUGGAUGCAGAGUGCUAAUGAACAACGACAAAAGAAACAGAACUUGUGAACAACCAUCCGUGCAGCCACGGGCAGCUUCGUUUCGGUGCUUUUCACCAGGAACGAUGUCACUAACUUCCUGAGUAAACUGUUAGGCGUAAAAGCUUUACAUUUUUAUAAAUGUAAGGUUGGCUCUGAAAUGGAAGGGAAACGUGCUUGAUGAAUGGACCUGCCAUAACAUUGAAUAAAGUGAAGCAGGAGGCACGUUAGAUCUCCAAAAACAGGGACGUGAGUUUAUACAGCAGCUGAAGCUUUGGAAGCCCUGUUAUGCUGAGCCAAGAGGAGAGAGCGAGUUUAAAAGAGCCAGAGAUGAUUUGGUUUCCUUAACUGGAAGAGCAGAAAUCUGUGCAGCUGAAGACUAAAAAAGUGCCAGAUAGAGGCGGGGCUGGGGAGGGGGGGGAAGGCUGCUGGUUUCUCUGCGGUUUGUUUGGCGCGUAGAAAGUUCACUGCUCCGAGGAUUGCUGUAUGGAACCCGGGACAAUGCAUCUCCAGAUUUUUAACUAAAGGAUUAUUUUUCUACUAUUUAUUGAACUCGAAACUUUGGGAGGGGAGGGAGGGGAGAAAACAUGUUAGCAAUUCUCUCAACAACUACCACAUAUAUUCUGUGAUGGUGAAGUGGUUCUUCUGAGGAAGACAUCUGUUUCUUAUUAGCUGAUCUUCAUCCACUGCCCCACUCUGCAAAAGGGAAAAUGAAGAAGUCGUUUCUGACGUGUUUACAUUAUGAAUGCUUUCUCUUCCACAAUUGUUUUUCUGUAAAUAUUACAACCUGAUUUAUAUUACAGUAUUUUCUUCCUAUUUGCAGAGGAGAAAUCCUGUACUCCCUUACUAAAAUUCUGAGAAUUCUGCUUAUAAACCUCUCCAUCUUUACCACUUCGAUCAUCCUGAAAGGUUUCCUGUGUGGAAGUAAUAAAGAAUUUAUUUAGCAUUAGUUACCAGAUAAUUCCAAAUUAAAUCUGUGCCAUUCUUCUGUUUCCUUAGGACACUACCAAGGUCAGAAGUAGGGAUAAACCAGUGUUUUGUAAAACUUGGGUUACCGUGGAAGGUAUCUUCCUGAAAUCAUCAUUUUAAGCUGCUGCUGUUUGUCUGGAAUUUAACAUUGCUUGGUAAUUCAAAGAAAGAUUAAUCAAUCUGUCUACAACACAGGGCAUCAUAAUUAUGAAUUAGUUUGAAAUCACAGUGUUGUGUUUUAGAUUCAUAUUUUGUGAUUACGAUGAUAUGAAAACGUUCUUGCACUGUGCAUAUGAUAAACAUCCAUUUAUAUGUAGGGUUUUUUUAAAAAAACACUUGUUUUCAUUAAUAUGGUACUUAAUGCUGUAUUAUGUAAAAAAAAUUGGUUCUUAAACAGUACAGUAAAAUAACUGUGUG